ACCGAUGCGAGUUCAUCAUUAGUAGGAGUAGCUUUCCGUUCUUGCAGUUUCGAGUAGUUGUGAUUUCCAUGGAUGCUGUAGCUAGCUAAUAGUAGUACAGCGCUUGCAAUAAAGGCCAAGCUUCCGGUUUGGUCCCGUUCCUGCGACUUUUCUUCUCCACUGGAUAAUAUAAGCUGCUGCUUUUUUUUUUAUAAGGCCAAGCAUUUUUCCAAGCCUAGUGUUUGCUAGCUUGUACUAGUAAACAACUGCUACGAUUUAGCUAUCAACAAAUUUUCAUCACGAAUUUAUCAAGAUUUUUGCAGGCUGUGUAGUUAAAAAUCAUGAUUUUUAUAGGGCCACUUCUCUCUUUAGCAAACUUUACUAGCAUUUUGCAGGCUGUGUAGAUAAAAACUUUAUCAAGUAAUUAAUUAAAAUAUAUACACACAAGUGAUCAGUCAUGGUUUAUAUAUAUAUAAGAUAUAGAUAGGAUAACUUUCUCACUGGUGGAGAUAAGGACUCAUCAUAGGAGAAGGCUCAGGUUGGUGGAGACCAGGUCUCUCCUGGUUUCAGAUUGUGUAAUAAUAAAUAGUGUAUAUAUCAGCAGCAGCAUCAUCUUUUGAGCAGUAUAUAUGCUAGGCAUCCGAUUUUCUCAUUUGUGCUGGGUCCAGAAGUUGCCUGACAUCUGGAAUUUUGUAGAUGUGCUAGUGCUAUGUGCCGUAAAAUUUCCUGGAUCAUUUUAGUAGUGCUAGUGCUAUGUGCUGCACUGUUUGGUAUUAUCAUCUCAUUAUCUUGUGGCUGUGUGAUCUCAUAUUGUGCUAUCAGUGAUUAUUUUCACUAUCUUAUUUUAUAACUAUAUUAUAUAUAGCAGUGAUUAUUUUCAAGUUUAUGUCUAUAUACUAGAUCAUGGACUCUUGGGAAGAGGAAGUUAGGAGAUUCAUGUUAGAGGAAGAAGAAGAGGAUGAUGAAUUAUUUUUUGUUCUGGUCCCCGCACUUCAAUUGGGCAUGUAUGAUGAGAAAGAGCCAGAGCACACCUCAAUUUUGACCGGUCCAAAAUAUGUCAAAGAAGUCUUAGAAGGUCAUGAGAGGUGGUGUAAAGUGGACUUUAGGAUGGAGUCUGAGAUUUUUAGAGCUAUAGUACACUUGCUUAGAGUGGAGAAUCUAUUACGUGACACGCGUGGUGUUAUGAUUGAAGAGCAGUUUGCAAUGUUUAUGUUCAUGCUCUCUCAUAAUGCGAGCACCGAGAGGCUAAAAAAGAGAUUCCAACAUAGCGGUGAGACUAGACAUAGAAAAAUUACAGAGUUCUUCGAUAUAAUUCCAGCCCUUACUCAUAAGUUUCUGAAGCUUCCAGAUGUAUACCAAACACAUGUCAAGAUUGCGUCCGACCCUCGAUAUAUGCCUUUCUUCCAGAACUGCAUUGGUGCUAUAGAUGGCACCCACAUCCCUAUCACCAUUGCAGAAGAAAAGGCACCUCCUUACAGAAACAGGAAAGGAACAUUGUCACAAAAUGUGAUGUGCACAUGUGAUUUUGAUCUGAAAUUCACUUUCAUAUCAUGUGGAUGGGAGGGAUCCGCAUCUGAUGCAGGAGUUCUACGGUCUGCUCGUAAUAAGGGAUUUAAUGUGCCGGUGGGGAAGUUCUACCUUGUUGAUGCUGGAUAUGCAAAUACACCCUCGUUCAUUGCUCCAUAUAGAGGAGUUAGAUACCACCUUAGUGAGUUUAGGAGGCAUAGGUCAUAUGCAAACUAUAAAGAAUUAUUCAACCAUCGGCAUGCACAACUGCGUAAUCACAUUGAAAGGGCUUUUGGCGUGCUGAAAAAGCGAUUUCCAAUUCUGAAAGUGGGUACAUUCCAUCCCAUUGAAAACCAAAUUAAAAUUCCAGCAGCAGUAGCAGCAUUUCACAAUAUUAUUAGAGGGUAUAAUGGGGAUGAAGGGUGGCUGGAUCACCAACCAAACAAUAUCGACCCAUCUGAUUACGUUGAGCUACCAGAGGGUGAUGAUGAAUACCCAAAUGAAGUGGAAUCAAUCGAUGGAAACACCUUGCGAGACCAAAUUGCCCAUCAGAUGUGGGCUGCAUACAAUAAUUAA